AAAUUCGAAUAUAUAUUUAUGUAAUGAUUUUGACUAGUGUUCUUGUAUUAUAUUAACAGGCAUAUCUGAGCUACAUACACACAAUCCAAUUUCCCUGUCCAAAAUGAAGAGGAACGAUUUAUUCCCUGACACAAGAACAACUUAUAAGGUCAAGACAGAGCUCAAUCAAACAAAUAGAUCAUCCGAAAACAACGUAGGGAUCGAAUCAUCUUCCAUCUCAAACCGACGUGAUAAUAAUAAUCAUCAACAAAAUUCCACCACAGAAGUUGAUCCAUCGAUAAAGAAAACCAAAGAGGAUAUUGCAAGAUUCUUCUUCGAAAACGGGCUCGAUUUCAAUUCAGUAAGUUCCCCAAGUUUCCAUAACAUGAUGGGUCCCAGAAAGUGCCACAUCCCCACUCUCGAGGAGCUAAAAGGGCCGUUAUUUCAAGAUGCAUUAAAAGAAGUGACUAAAUAUAUCGACGAGGCUAGAAAUUCGUGGGCGCACACAGGUUGCACUAUCUUGCUCGAUGAAUGGAAGGGUGAAACGGGAAGGGAUUUCGUCAAUGUUUUAGUUGACUCCCCGAGAGGAACCAUUUAUCUCAGCACAUACGAUAUUUCCGAUUAUAUUGGAAAAAUUGACAAAAUGAAAAUGCUAUUCGACAAAGUGUUGAGUGAAGUUGGGGUUGAGAAUGUGGUUCAAGUUAUUACAUCCUCGAAUUCUAUUUUUACCAAGGAAGUGGCGAAGGAAUUGUCGGAGAAAUACCGACAAAUAUUUUGGUCGGUGAGUGGGUCUUUCUGCAUGCAACUCAUGCUGGAGAAAUUGUUGGAAAUCGACGUCAUCAAAGAAAUUCUCGAGAAGGCAAAAAUAUUUACGAGAUUUAUUUAUGGAAACCCUAACGCGCUCAAGUAUCUCAAGGAGAAAACGAACGGUCGUGAUUUGUUUCAGCAGUGUUCGAAGAUCAAGUCAACGCAGCCUUUCUUAACCCUCGAGAAUAUCGUCUUGGAGAAACAAAUAUUGACCAAAAUGUUUCGGUCUCCCAUUUUUUUGGCAGACAAGGGUUGGGACGAAGUAUAUGAUUUGGUGAGUGAUGAAUCUUUUUGGAAGGGGGCAUCGGAUGUGCUCAAAGCAGCUAUACCUCUCGUGCGGGUAAUAAAAUGGAUGACGGGCAUUAGUAAUAAGGAGCAUAUGGGAUAUAUAUACGAAACGAUGGAUCAAGCGAAGAAGACUAUUAAACAAGGGCUCAAAACGAAUAAAGCACAAUACACGAGAUUCUGGAAAGUGAUAGAUGAGAUUUGGAGUGGAGUACUAUUCACCCCGAUUCACGCGGCGGGUUACUAUUUGAACCCCAAUCUUUUCUACACAAGUGAUAGGUUUAUCGACCCUGAAGUUGCAACUAGUUUGUUGUGCUGUGUUGUACGGACUACCCGGGAUCCGCGGGUCCAGGAUCGGGUCACUAUGCAGAUCGAGACGUACCAGAAUGCUAAGGGCGCGUUUGGCUUGGGAUGCGCGGAGGACCAGAGAUCAAAUACUUCUCCAGGUUCGAUUAAUUUUGUUUUAAUAUAUAUAAAUACAUAUAUUACAAUUGUUUAACUAAAAAUGUCAUUUCGCUUUUAUUUAUACCGUUUUGACUUUGAACUUUCAUUCAUGCAUGCAUAUCUCUCUCACUUGACAUGCACCCGACACGCACCCAACAUUUUCUCGACAUGCACUCAACAUGCACUCGACAUUCACUCAACAUGCACCCAACAUACACCCGGCAUUCACCCGACAUGCACCCGACAUUCACUCGACAUACACCCGACAUGCAAUCUCAAUCUAGUUAGUUUAAGUUGGAUUAGAAAGCCAACUUAAAGGGUGAAAAAAGGUCAAAAUCACAUUUCAAAUCGAAAACGAAAUCAUAAAAUAUAAACGACAUUUAGCAUGGUUAAUUCUUGAUUUUAUUUAUUUAUCAUUUUUAAUUUUAAAAUUGCAGCAAAAUGGUGGUUGAAAUAUGGGGGUGAAUGUCCGGAACUACAAAAGUUGGCGCUUCGAAUACUGAGCCAAACAUGUGCGGGUGCAUCGAAAUUUCAGCUAAAGAGGGUUUCGGUGGAGAAAC